AUGAAGAAGUCUACUUUGCUAUCUGUAGACGCUUUUGCAAAGACUGAGGAGGAUGUAAGAAUCCGAACUAGAACAGGCGGCAUUAUCACGCUUUCAUGCGUUUUGGUAACGUUUAUGCUGCUGUUCAGUGAGUGGAGACAACUUCACAAAGUGGUCACACGUCCAGAUCUGGUUGUGGAUCGAGACCGUCAUUUGAAACUGGAUCUAAACAUGGAUGUGACGUUCCCAAACAUGCCCUGUUAUUUGCUAAACUUAGACGUCAUGGACAGCUCUGGCGAGCUUCAAUUGGACCUCUUGGAUAGUGGGUGGAGCAAAACAAAACUAGAUUCAUCGGGGCAAAGUUUGGGUACAGAAAAAUUCACGGUUGGAGAGCAGGAUGAUGUUCAACCAAACGACGAAAACUACUGUGGGCCUUGCUACGGUGCUAAAGACCAAUCUCAGAAUGAGGGAAAGCCCAAGGAAGAGCGGAUUUGCUGUCAAACGUGUGAGGACGUACGUGAUGCGUAUGCGAAUGCACAAUGGGCCUUUUUUGAUGGCAAAAAUAUUGAACAAUGCGAACGUGAAGGUUACGUCGAAAAAGUCAACAAACACAUCAAUGAAGGUUGUAGAAUCAAGGGCAAAGCCAAGCUCAACAGAAUUGAAGGAAGCUUGCAUUUUGCUCCAGGCAAAGGUUACCGUGAUACACGCGGUCAUUUUCAUGACAUGUCGCUCUACCAAAAAAACCUCAACUUGAACUUUAACCACAUCGUCAACCACUUUAGUUUCGGCCAAGAGCUCGAUGAAGGUGCUUCAGCGAGUGCCUCCACCGCGCCAUUGGAUGGAAAGGUCGUGACUCCCGACAUAGACACCCAUUUACACCAGUUUUCUUAUUUUCUGAAAAUUGUGCCCACACGGUUCGAGCAUCUCGAUGGGUCCAAGCUAGAGACUACCCAGUUUAGUGCCACGUACCAUUCCCGUCCUAUUCACGGCGGAGCGGACGAGGAUCACCCUAACACGCUUCACGGUCGCGGUGGAUUCCCCAGCCUCUACGUGCAUUUCGAGAUGUCCCCGCUCAAAGUCAUCAACAAAGAGCAGCACGCACAAACAUGGUCUGGUUUCAUACUAAACUGCAUAACUAGUAUUGGUGGUAUUCUUGCCGUUGGUACCGUGGUCGACAAAGUGACCUAUAAAGCUCAAAGGUCGCUAUGGAACAAAAAAAGUACCUAA